AUGAGAGUAACAUUAUUAUUAUUGAUACUUCUGAUAAAUAAUGUUAUUUGCUCUAAAUCAAUUUAUGAAAUAUCAUAAAAUGAAUAUGGAAAAACUGUGCUAUAAGCAAUCUAAUUAACUUUGAAUGAAGAACCAUCCUCAUUCGGAAAGACAAUAGAUUUAUUAUAAGAGUUAAAAAAGGGAAUUCAAAAUGAUUAAGAUGAAGAUACUGGACUAUUAUCUGAAAGAUUGGAAACAUGUGAAACACAAAUUUCUUAAAAUUCAUAAAUAAUAUUAGAUUCAUAAACAAAAUUAGCAUAAGCUUAAGAAUAAGUAAGUCCACUUGAAUAAAAAUUACUUGAUAAAAGACAUUAAGCAGAAGAUAAGGAAGGUGAGGAAUAGAGAAAUAAUGAUAGAAUAAAUAAAUUGAUUUAAUAAAGACAAGAAUAAAGAUAAUAAUUUGAAAGCAAAAGAGAUGAAUUAACAUCUAUUGUUGGAGCAUUAAGUGAAGCUAAAAAGAUUAUUGGUUCUAUUAAAACAGAUCCAACUGCUUUAAUUUAAUUGAAAAACCAUAAGGAAAAUAUAUGUAAUUAUAGAGAAUGUAACAUUAGUAAAUUAAAUUAAAAAGUAAUCAAUGUUUUAUACUUUGAUUCAUUAAACACUUUCUUUAAUCUAAUAAGGAACAAGUCAAGAAAAAGUAAUAAGAAUUAUUGAUGAUUUAAUUGAUGAAGUUUAUUAAGUUUAGAAAUUAGAAAUGAUUGCUGAUGAUCAAAGAGAAGCAGACUUUGUAAAACUAAGUAAAUUAAAAUUUUAUUAUAAGAAUUCGUUUUGAAUUUGCAAAUACUAGAUUAAAUACUAAAAUUUCUGAAUUAAGAGCUGAUGUGCAAUAAUUAUAAUAAUAAUUAUUAGAAUUAAAUAAUAAUAUUGCAAUUUAUUAAGAUUUAGUUAAUCUUAAAACAAAAGAAAAUGCUGACUGGCAAUAAUCUUGCAAUGAUGCAUAAAAUAGUUAUAAUGGUUUGGCUGAUUACAGAAGCUAAUAAAUUAUAAUAAUUGAUGAUUGCAUUUCAUUAUUAUAAGGAAAUGACCCAGAAAUCACUUAAUUCAUAUAGAAAUUUGUUUGAAAAAUAUUAAUUAUUGAUAAAAAUGCUAAAAAACAGCAUCUAAUAAUUUAUAAAUCUAUGUAAGUAAAUUCUUUUGAGAUUUUUGUCUAUGUCCAUUUUUAUUGUAAAAUAUGAAAUUAAUUAUAAAAUAAUAAAUAUGAACUUUAUGAAUACUCAUUCACAAUUUAACUUUUCAAGAAAAUCUAUGCCUAGACCAUUGAUAUCUCGAUAGCUUGUUAGGGAAAAGAGUUAACCAAACUUCAAUCCAAUUACUCCAUCAGUAAGUUAGUAAUUAGAAUCAUUUAGACUAAAUUUCGUAUCUCUACUACUAAUUAACAAUUAAAUCGAGAGAAGAUUUAAAAAGCUAAUGGCAAUUAUUUUAGUUAACAUGAUGAUACAAGUGGAAGCACCAAAAUGUCUAAAGCACAUACUUAAUCACUAUUGAAAAAGCAUGAAAUAGAAUUAAAGUAGUCUUUAUUUAAUCAAGAAGACAUAGAAGAAGAAAUGUAAUUUACAUUACUAUGUUAAACUCUUGAAAAACUAUUUUGA